CCUCCGCAAUGAUAACGACAGCCGUCCGAUGAGAGCGUCUCCAAGCCGAUUCUUUCCUUCGCCUCGAGUUCUCGAGUUCCUCAUCCGUCGCGGACGUAUCCCUCACAGCAUGGCUCUCGUUCCAGUCCCAGAGCCGCCGCCAAAGAAGGCAGAGGUCAUGACUCCACCGCCCGCAGUCGCGAUCACGCCGUGCGAUCCAUGGCCGCGACCGUACGAGAUGGACGGGAAUCUGAGAAGAGUUGCACCAUAUCACUUUACCUAUAACACGAAUUGCAAACAGAGAUGGCGAGGAAGAGGGAUCUUGGAGAUAUUCAAGGACGAAUUUCGAGAUAGGCCGCCGGAGUACUAUGAAGAUGCGAUGGAAAGAGGAGCAAUACAGCUAAAUGGACAACCGGUACCUUCGCCAGAGACGAAAGUCCAGAACGGAGAUAUCAUCAGCCAUACUUUGCAUCGACAUGAACCUCCCGUGACUGCACAACCGAUUGGAAUUGUCCAUGAGGACGAUGGACUCAUGAUUAUCAACAAGCCAGCCGGGGUGCCUGUUCAUCCUGCUGGAAGAUACAACUACAACUCGGUCAUCGAGAUCCUACGAUCUGAGAGAGGGCACGAGUUCAACCCGUUGCCAUGCAAUCGACUUGAUCGAUUGACCAGCGGAGUCAUGUUCAUUGCAAAGAAUAAGAAGGCUGCAGAACGCGUCACCGAUCAGUUGAUGGCGCGAACCGUCCGGAAAGAGUACGUAGCCCGCGUCAAAGGAGAGUUCCCUGAAGGCGAUGUUGUCUGCGAACAGCCCAUUCUGCAGAUCUCGCCCAAGCUUGGUCUCAAUCGUGUGCGAGCAAAUGGCAAAGAAGCCCGGACCGUCUUCAAACGCCUGGCAUACUAUCCUGCCUCUGCGCCCAACGACACCGACAACAUCAACGGCCGCCAGCGAGAAGGCUACAGCAUUGUCCGCUGCCGCCCUCUCACCGGUCGGACCCAUCAACUCCGCGUGCAUCUUCAAUUCCUCGGCCAUCCCAUCUCCAACGAUCCUAUCUACAGCAAUCAGCGCGUCUUCGGUCCGGAUCUAGGAAAGUCCUCCAGCACAGACGAGGACGAUGAGGAUAUCAUGACCCGCCUCGCACGUAUGGGCAAGGAGGAUGUCGCCGAAGCAGUGGCGUACCACGACGAGAUGGUCGAUGAGUACAAUCGCAAGAAGGCAGAGAAGAUGACGGGUGAGUUGUGUACAUUGUGCAAUACACCACUGUACAGUGAUCCUGGAGCGCAUGAAUUGGGGAUCUACUUGCAUGCGAGGAAGUAUGCCGAUGCGGAGGGAAAGUGGAACUAUGAGACUGAGUUGCCAGAAUGGGCAUUGCCUCCGCCUGGAUCGGAGGGCCCGAAGGAGACGAAUGAGGAGUCCGAUCCGUUGGCCGUGGAUGUGGAGAAGUUGACGUUGAAGGAAUGAUGUGAUGGAUGUUUAAUCUCAGAAUGGCAUGGACUGUCUUGUCGGGUGAGCAACUUUUGGCACAGAUCGCCGUCAUCUGGUUGGCAUGGACCUCCAACCAGAUGAGAAGGACUACGCUCGACGUUCGGAGCCUGGACAAUCUGACAUCGAGCCUCGCGCGGAUUUCAGAUACGAGAGGGUCUCAAUGCCAUCGAAACGAACGGUGCGGAGCCGGGCAUCUGAUCAGGUCCACGGACAAGUGCGAGGUUCUCUGGCGAGAUCUGUUCCCGACACCUGGAAAUUCUCUCACAGGCACAAACGUCACGCAUUGACUUGCGAGUCAGUGCUUGACGCAACCCCACGCCACAAGAGACCAGCACCUACCACCACCUGCCACGUCUAGACAGAACUCUUGUUGCGUCUUGGCGCUGGCAAGCAUCGCAGCAUUGCGUGACGGAAUCCUGGCGAAAGUGGAACGCGUCUCACGCCAUAUGACCGAUGU